AACAAUAAAAAAAAUCUGAAAUUGGAUUUGAAACCCUAGAGAAGGGUUUUAGAUAUAAUCAAUUCUCCGGGGAAGAAGAAGAAGAAGAAGAAGAAGAAGAAGAAGAAGAAGAAGAAGAAGAAGAAGAAGAAGAAUUGGGGGAAGAACGAAAUGAGUGGAGCAGGAGCACCCGAUUUCUUCUACAGAGAGGCUCAACGCCUUGGCUAUGUUGCAAGAUCCGCCUUCAAGUUGCUUCAGAUUCAGAACCAAUUCAAAUUGAUUACUUCAGGCUCCUCCGUCUUGGACCUCGGUUGCGCUCCCGGUGCCUGGCUGCAGGUAGCUUGCCAGAGUCUGGGGCCUCCCAGAAAUGGAGGCUCGGUUUUGGGUAUUGAUAUCAAGAAGGUAAAGGUUCCUCAUGUGCAUUGUGAUUCAAGGGUACAAACUGUUUGUGCUGAUGUUAUGAACCUUCCCAAAAGCAAAUUGAAGUCACUAUCCCCUAAGGAGAAGGGAUUUUCUGUAAUACUCUCAGACAUGUGCCCCAUAGUAUCUGGAAUCACCACUAGAGAUGCGGCAUUAUCAGUUGAAUUGGGUAUGCAAGCAGUUAAUUUGGCACUCGGAGAAGCUGCGUUAGGUGUUGGAGAAGUUAUACAUGGAAAGGACAAGGAUAGCAUCGAUGAUUCAACUUCAGCUUCGGAUUGUGAUGGCGUGUUACGAAAAGGAGGCCACCUUGUUUUAAAACUAUUGGAGAGUGAAGACACACAAGGUAGAAUUUUAUUUCCACAGCUGUUUUAUACUUGGUUUUGCCUGCCUUCACAAUCUUCCUUUAUCUCAGAAUUCAGUCGGAUGUUGAAACCACUCUUCAGAAAGUCAUCGUGGUUGAGGCCCAAGGCUACAAGAUCGUCGUCAAGAGAGAUUUAUCUGAUAUGUCAAAGCUUGCAGUUGCAGGCAAGAACAUAAAUAUUCAAAUUUUGAGCUGACUGCAGCAUACAACUAGAAUGAGAUAAGUGCCAAAUCAGAGUACUUUGAAGAACCAAAUUUCAAAUCAAGGUGGUCAGAUCGGAGCGGAGUUCCCAAGCAAUGUUUCGUCUGUUUUGGACCUUGGUUGCACUAGAGACGUAGAGAGAGGGUUUUUUCUAGAGCUAGACGCAAUGCAAAAUACUUGAGGGAUUUGUUGCGUGGCGACUUGCAUUAGUUGUGUUAGAUGAUUGAGUUAUUGCACAAGUUAUUGAGAGUUUUCUAGGCUAGUCGCAGUGCAAAAUAAUAUUAUUAAACUUGUUUGUUCAUAAUUUAGUCAACCAAUAGAAAUGGCUUUCAUUGUGUGAACCAAGAACUAAAAGGACAGUCUCUUUUGUUGAUAUCAUUUGCAUAUGAAAUUUCAGAAACAAAAUGAAACUUUCUACAA